CACUUAUCAUUAGUCUAGAAUUCAUUGUUAUUACAUACAAAUACACUUAUACAUACACUCUUAUUGACAUCAUCAUCACAUCGACAAUCACCUCUUCUUCUUCUCUCCCUUUUGUAAAUUGUAAAUCCGAUGAUUGUCAUUCCCAAAUAGAAACACAAUAAAUUCAUCCCUGCCUUUUCUUUCUAUCUCUCUUUCUCUCUCUUUUUUAUAUAUAUAUACAAAGACAUGUUAUUAAAUGGAUAAAGAAAAUAAUAAUAGCUUAACUUCUUUUCAAUUCGAACCUAAAGACAACCGUACUAGUGAAGAAGGUGUACUAUCAAAAAUAUUGGAUAAAGUUAAAAGUGCUGUAUCGGGUCAACCAACGUCAUGGGCACACGACAAUGCCUCCAUGCACAGUACACAUUCUGAAAGAAGGAUCUCAAACUCAACUGAGCCUUCUGUCAUUUCUAUACCUCACACUGUAUCAAAUGUUAUUGCCGUAACGGAAUACCCAAAUAGUAGUAGCAACAGUAGCACAACCAGUCAACGUUUACCAAAGGACUCUGUUCUAGCCAAUUUUCCAGUAUCGUCUGAUUCCCUUUCAAAAUCGUCAACAAUUGCUACAACAGCAACUACAGUCAUUGUUGGGAAACAUGGUAAAUUACCAGAGGACAUGAUUGUCGAACCAGCUCAUUCAAGCUCUACUGUUCAGUUUAUUAUGCCUUCAACUAGCAACAAUAAUAACAAUAGAAAAUCAUUGGAAGAGAACUCUGUCGAUCUUUUGCCUUUGUACACUCGAAAGUCUAUCGAUAGCGAUACUCAGUCCGUUGCUACCAACUUUUCAAUAUCCAAUUCCAAUUCAUUAGGUAAAAUCCUAGCACGUCUACGAGGACAAAAGAAUGACAAGGAGUUUUGGAUGCCGGAUGAACAAUGUAAAGAGUGUUACAAAUGUCGUAAACCAUUUACUUUAUUAAGAAGAAAACAUCACUGUCGUACUUGUGGUCAAAUAUUCUGUGGUAAAUGCGCUUCUCAUAUCGUAUCAGGAAAACUCUACAAACAAAAGGGUCAAGUAAGAGUAUGCAACUUUUGUUACAAGAAGCAACAACAACAGUUACAGGAGAAAAGCAUCAGUAGCACAACAGAGCCGAUCAUGCAUUUCAAAACUGUCAGCUCUCCGCUCUCAAGGCAGAUAAUCACCGAUAAUAAUAGCGAAGAGACGAGUCAAUUGACAUUACUCGAUCAAGCAGAACAGUAUAGUUCUGAAAUAAUACCAUCUCAAAAGCCACCACUGGCUGUUCCAAACAUGCAGAUACCCACAGCUGCUCUCAAACAAGCAAGAGGAGCAUAUGGCAAUGAGAAUACAACCACAUUUGCACUAGAAAUACCGAUAUAUGGAUCUGAAUCAUAUUCGUCUUCUCAAUUAGAACGGCCGCAUUCACCUUUUGUAGCCAUGGCUGAGCAACCCACAUCACCUACAUUGUACAAUACAUCUACAAUAGCAAAUACUUCAUCAUUUAGCGUUACAAAUAUGCCUGAUAAUCACAUCUAUACUGGUGUCAAACGGCUUUUGGACGCUGGAACCUCAUUUAUUAAACCAAGGCCUAGAUCCAAUACCUCAUCCUCUGCCCCCUUGCUUGAAGAUUUCCGCUCAACCCAGCUGCCAUUCAGAAGCGUACCCUAUUUGGACCAUGGAGGAGGCACAGUGCUUGCCGAAAGUGAAUUAAGCUCAUUUCCCAGCGCUGUUGUAGACCCUGACGAACAAUACGAGGAUGAAGCUGCAGCUUUAUAUGAUAGACCAUUGACACCUCUUAAAACCCCUCUUUACAACGACAAACCUAACAGCAGCAACAGUGAUCCUCUAUCACCUGCAAUCAAUGGAGGCAUAAGCGAUGAUGAAUCAUAUGACCAUCGGUUGAGAGCGAAACGAACAGAAGAGCUACGUGGAAAGAACGUACAGCUGAUCAGCAGCAAAUCCUCCUACCAUUCCUACAGAAGGCCAAGUAUUACGGGGUCUACCACGCCCAAGCUUAGAAACAGUGGACUUCACAAGAUUAAUACUGUGGGCCUGCCAAAGUAUGACUACCCACCUUCCUCUGCUGGCCCCCUUCAACUGGAGCAAACAUGGUCUCCUAACCCACUGCUUUCACCUUACAAUGAUGACGCAAACAAAUUCUUCCCGCAAUCGGACAGCAACAACAGGUUUCGAUUUGUACCUCGUCAACGACGGACGUCAGGGCCACCACCCACAGUUGAACUUAGUCUUAGUGCACGACAGCAUGCUCGUCUACUUUUACGACAGUUUAUGCAGGAUAUCCAGUUUACAGAGAGCAGCAAGGAAGAAUGGGAGGACGUGAUUAUGAACAUUCUCAUGAAGGUAGCCAAUAAUGUACAGCCAGACACAAGAGCGGGAGAUGAUAUGGAUGUUCGCCACUAUGUCAAGAUCAAAAAGAUUCCUGGAGGUUUACCUUCUGAUAGCUUUUAUGUCAAGGGUGUCGUUUGCACCAAAAAUGUCGCGCACAAACGAAUGGUAAGAAACAUGUCAAGUCCACGCAUCCUGAUUCUUUUGUUCUCGUUGGAUUAUUCACGCGUCGAGAUGGAAAAUCAGCUGUUAUCGAUCACACCUGUGAUCUCACAAGAAAGAGAGCAUAUUAGCAAAUUAGUGGGACGUAUCGUUGCCUUGAAGCCUUCACUGUUACUCGUCAAAUCAACCGUCUCAAGGUUUGCGUUGGAAUUCUUAUUGGAAGCAAACAUUCCAGUAAUACACAACGUCAAGCACAGUGUGAUUGAAGCAGUAGCACGAUGUACUGAAGCAGCCAUCGUCACUUCAGUAGAUAAGCUUCAACAUGGCGUCUCCUUUGGACGAUGUGGAUCAUUUGAGAUCCGAACAUUUAUGCAUGAGUGGAUACCUAAUCGACGAAAGACCUACUUAAUAUUUGAUGAUUGCUCUCCUGAACUAGGAGGCACAAUUGUGCUGAGAGGAGAAAAAGUUGAAACAUUAAAAGUAAUUAAAAGAUUAAUUGAUUUCAUGGUGUUUGUCGUAAAUAACCUAAAGUAUGAAACUUCAUUAUUACGAGACUCUUUUGCUAAAAACCGCGGAGCUUCUGAAUCGGAAGAAAGAAAGAGAUCUCCACUCAUGCGUCAAAGUUCGCUUGGUAUAGAGAAGCUUCAUGAUCUAGAAGAUGAAGGUCACAACUGCACAGAACUAUUAUUACAAGCAUACCAAAACACCAUCUUGUCUGUAUCCCAAUUCGUUGUCUUCAAACCGCCUUAUUUAUUGCUAAAGCUUAAAGAAACAGAAGAAAGGUUGGCAAUGGUCAUUCAACAAAAGCGCAAAAAAUCUAUAUCAUGCUUGUCUAUCCUGAAAGAUGCCGCGUCUACUGUGUCAACACCUGCCGUUCUUUCAUUAUCUGCUUCUCCAACCCGAACUACCUUUGACAAACAGGUUCGAUCACCAAUGGAAAAGCAACAAUCCAUAAGUCAUCCAGCGUCUACCUCUUCCUAUGACACGCAAGAAGGUGACGAGUUUACAUCCGAGUUUGAACAAGAGCUUAUCACAAAGAGUCAUCAGAUUGCUCGUGCAUGGGAGGCAUAUCAUGGAGAAACACCAGAGAGCAUCAGUCCACUCUACCAUCAAAACAUCGUUGUUCUUUACUCGAGCGUUUGCACAGUGACGACUGUGCCUUGUCAGGGCCCAGAGAUUCGUAUAUUUGGGUACUAUCGAAUGCCUUCCGACAAGACACUAGGUCAAUAUAUCAUGGACCUAUGCGCAGAUGCGCAUCAGCCAUGCACCUCGUUUAUGUGCGAUCAUCCUAUGCUCCAGCAUUAUCGCUCUUAUGCUCACGGAAACGCACGGGUCAAUGUAAUGAUUGAACAAUUUCCUUGUCCUCUACCUGGCAUGUCUGACAAGCUACUCAUGUGGAGUUACUGUAGGGAAUGCAACAAGCCUACGCCUGUUCUGCCCAUGUCUGAAAACACAUGGAACUAUUCAUUUGGUAAAUUUCUAGAGAUUUUUUUAUAUCAAGAAGGUGUUCAUUGCCGUGCGGAUAUCUGUCCUCAUGAUAUGGCUAAAAAUCAUGUACGUUACUUUGGUUAUAUGGACAUGACAGUCCGUUUCCAGUGCGAUCCUAUUGAGCUCUUGGAAGUGUCUGUUCCUCCGAUGAAACUCCAUAUCAAGAGUAAAAUUCAGCGAGACUUGAAAGAAGCAGAACUCAAGUCACUUCGAACAAAGAUCAAUCGAUUUUAUCAGUCUAUCGUCGACAGAAACAAGGCAUUUCCAUUUGAUUUGGUGGAUCCAAGGAAAUUGGAAGCAUGUAAGGCCGAGCUGCAGGAACUCUCUUUGGAAGCUCAAGGAGAAAAGAAGGAUACACUACAGCUUCUGCAAAACGUCUAUGCCACAUCUGAUCCUGUUGAUACACUUACCAUCAAUGGUGUCCGCAGGAGUUUGUUCCAGAUUGUAGCUCAUUGGGAGGCUGUCUAUGCUGAUUUUGUCAGGUUUUAUUUGGAACCCGAACGCGAGCUGAAAAAAAUUACAACCAUUCAUCUUCGAAAGAUGUUUCCUACAGAUUUCUCUGAUAUGAAUACGGAUGAACGUACAAAGCGAGCGACAGAAGUGACAGAUUUGCCGCUACUUGGUAUCGGCCUCGACGAUAAUGAUGGUGAUGCCUUAAUUGGCCGAAUAUUGAAAAAGAAGUCUACAGCGACAAUUAAGCCAGAUGAAUCCACAACUAGGCAGAACAAUGAUAUGAUCAUGCCUGCUCUAUCAUCCACACCAUCAUCAAUGCCAAUAACAGAUAUGAUGGAAGAAGACAGAGACGAGGACAACAUGGCAUUGGGUGCACAGUCCGACAACAAGACUUCUUUCUUGCGACCAGAGGUUAGAAGACGCCUCUCUCUUGAGCUGAUGCGAGAAUUUAAUGAAAAGUUAAAAUAUGAAGAAGUAACUAGUGCAGGAGCAGCCAAUACUACAAAUGAUAUCAGCUCCUUUAGUCAGACAAGACCUAACAGGUAUCUGCAGCUCAGAGUAUCUGGAUCUCUUUCAGCCGCAUAUACUCCUUCUCGCAUACCGCUUUACUCUGGUAAAAAUAACUCUCCUCUUUCGGUAUACCAGCAGUCUUCAAAGCAAGCGACAGCAAGUACAAAUGAAAGUAAAACCGCCUAUAAAACUACUGUGGGCCCUAGUAACUUCUCUCAUGUGUGUUCUAUUGAGAGAUUCCCAAGGUUUCCACCACACCAACGACACCACUCGAUUGCUCAUGACUACCAUAUUCAUCAGAGAUAUGGCAAAUCAAAGGCCUCUUCCUCCGUUGAUGAUAAUGAUGAGUUUGAGCCGUCUCCUAGCUUUUUGCGAAGAAGCGCCACCUCCAAAGAUAAACGGUUUCGCUCGCGUCUGCCUCGUAAAAAGACAUAUAUUCAAGUGUAUGACCAAGCCAAUGAUCUUGUGCGAGAAGAUAUUGAUGACGAAUUUUAUCCGGGUGGUCAAGCAGACGAUACACUGUCCAUUUCGUCCAGACAAGCUGCGCAUAGGCUAAAGACUGAUUUAUCGCUGCCAAGACGUAAACCUACCAGUUACCGUCAGGCUCGUCAUCAGCGUCAUCUACAACUAGGAUACCAUGCGCACGAGAGCGGAACAGAUGCCGACAACGAUGAUGACUCUGAUGACGAAGGAGAAGAAGCAUUUGAUAUGGGCAAGGGUGUUGACUACUUUACACCGUUAGCACCAUUUACCUUUGAAGUACUUGAUGAACCAGAGACGGAUAAUAAGCUAGAAGUUGAGAAUACACAGGGUAAGAGCGAUGAUGGUUCUACAGCAAACUAUGUAGUAGUAAAGCCCUACUUUGGUCUCAGCGAUGGUCAAGUCGAUUUGAUGUCAGGCAUAUCAGGAGAUGACGAAACAGACCUAGAUUUUUUGCCUUUAGCCUCGGAUUUGCUCAUGGCACAGCAGUCUGCAAAUGAUGCUCUAGCCAUCAGUGACUUACACAAUAUACAUCCAGAACUUACGACUACCACUACAAAUACAUCUACUUCUAUUCGUUAUAUAACUGCAGCAGCCAAUGAUGAUAACCGAAAUUCACCAGAAAAGAUGUCAUUUAUGAAAACAAUCACCAAUUUCUUGACAGACAGCGGAAUUGGCAAUUUGCUUCCUUUAGAAUCUCCAUUACAACCUACAGAAUACUUGUUUCCUGAUUCUUAUGUGGUUGUUCGAGAAGACGAGCCUAGUACGAUUAUUGCUUAUACGCUUAGCUCUGAAGAUUAUCUAGACAAGAUGCAUGAUAUUCAAAACUGUCAUAGCGAAUCAGGCAUGAACGAUACUCACUUGAAGACUUAUGAUUCGAUAAAUAUAGACAGAAAGGCACCUUCGGAAAACUAUACCUUUGAGAAUGGAUUGCAUAACAACAUCCCACAGGCAGCAGAAGCGAUCCAAGAAACGCUUUUGCGUGAAUCCGGUAGCCAUAUGCGAUAUAACUUUUCUACAGGUUCUACAAAGUUCUUUUGCAAGAUUUUCUUUUCUGAACAAUUUGAUGCGCUUCGAAGAAACUGUGGAUGCGACGAAAGCUACAUCAUGUCUCUUGCUAGCUGCAUAAAAUGGGACUCAUCUGGUGGCAAAUCAGGUUCAGCGUUCCUGAAAACCAAAGAUGAUCGACUCCUCAUGAAACAAAUGUCACGAUAUGAGUUAGACGCUUUCCUUGGAUUUGCACCCGCUUAUUUCCAAUACAUGUCGGAAGCAUUCUUUAGUGAACUACCUACUGCCUUGGCCAAAAUAUUCGGUUUUUACAGUAUUGGUUACAAAAACUCGAGUACGGGCAAGUCAAUGAGAAUGGAUGUUUUGGUUAUGGAGAAUUUGUUUUAUCAAAGAAACAUCAAAAAGAUUUUUGACCUUAAAGGCUCCAUGAGAAAUAGACAUGUACAAUCCACUGGAAAACAAGACGAGGUCCUAUUAGACGAAAACCUUGUAGAAUUGAUUUAUCAAUCGCCACUCUUCAUCCGGGCACACUCGAAAGAAAUUCUUCGUAGCUCUCUGCAUAAUGAUACUUUGUUUUUAUCCAAUCGAAACGUCAUGGAUUAUUCGUUGCUUGUUGGAAUUGAUGCAGAUCGACAAGAGUUAGUUGUAGGCAUAGUUGACUUUAUCCGUACUUUUACUUGGGAUAAAAAACUGGAAAGCUGGGUAAAAGAAUCCGGAAUACUGGGAGGCGGUGGCAAAGAGCCGACUAUAGUAUCACCUCGACAAUAUAGAAUAAGGUUUAGAGAGGCUAUGGAAAGAUACUUUUUAAUGGUGCCCGACUUUUGGGCUCUUACCAGGCAAAACAGAGCUCUCUAUACAGUUUUACAUCAUCACACGACAUCACAGCAAGCUGCAACAUCAAUCAAUGAUGAAAACGCUUAAAAAGACCACCAUAUUUUGUACAUAUUGAUAUUGCACAUUUUGUAGAGAGAAAAAUAAUAAUAAAAAGAAAAGGAGCUAUUACCUGAAAACAGCUUUGUACGUAUUAAAUUCAUCCAAAACUUCAGAUCUAAAAUGGAUCCAGUAUACCAAGGGCCUUACAGAGUUGUAAGAAACGCAAAAAGGUACGUAUAU